UUUUCUUGUGCCUCUUGAGCUAAAAGACUUGAACACACAACACAAUAGGGUUUCAGAGUUAUUGGUAGAUAGAGAAAAAUGGUGUCGGGGUCAGGGAUUUGCGCGAAGAGGGUGGUGGUGGACGCUCGCCACCACAUGCUUGGUCGUUUGGCGUCGAUCGUUGCGAAGGAACUCCUCAACGGCCAGAAGGUGGUGGUCGUAAGGUGCGAGGAGAUAUGUAUCUCCGGCGGCCUCGUAAGGCAGAAGAUGAAGUACAUGCGGUUCCUUCGCAAGCGCAUGAACACCAAACCCUCUCACGGUCCCAUUCACUUUCGUGCCCCCGCUAAGAUCUUCUGGCGCACCGUUCGUGGAAUGAUGCCACAUAAGACCAAGCGAGGGGAAGCUGCUCUUGAUAGAUUGAAGGUUGUGGAGGGAAUCCCUCCUCCAUAUGACAAGAUAAAGAGGAUGGUUGUCCCUGAUGCUCUCAAGGUGUUGAGGCUUCAAAAGGGACACAAACAUUGCUUGCUCGGCAAAUUGUCAUCUGAGGUUGGAUGGAACUACUAUGAUACCAUCAAACAGGAGCUUGAAAAGAAGAGAAAGGAAAGAGCGCAAUUGGCUUAUGAGACAAAGAAGCAGCUCAACAAAUUAAGGGUGAAAGCUGAGAAAAUUGCAGAUGAGAAACUUGGCUCCCAACUUGAAGUUCUUGCUCCUGUCAAGUACUGAGUAGUCUUUGCUAUUUAGUGUGUUAAAGUUUUGUUUCAAGAUAUACGAAAUUGAACUCCAUUUCAGUUUUGCUGGUUGUUCUCUGUGUUAUUUUGUUGGAAGUUUUUAUUUGUUUGCUCUAUAAAAUAUUUGUUAUACA